UUAACAUUUCUCUAUUAUGACAGCUUUCUAAACCAGUCUCUUCUCUUUCACUCUCUCUGUAUAAACGCCGCCAUGUCUGAAUAUUAGACCUCUUCUCAUUUUUCUCUUCAUUCAAUAAGAGUUUUUUUUUCCUUCCUCUUUUUUGGGAACACAACAAUUCCCAAAAACAGUAGUAGCAAUUUUUUCCUAGCUUCGGAAAUAGUUGGCAAAACUUUUCUUGUAUUCAUUUAAGGUUGGAAAAAAGCAUUUUCAAAUCAAGAUUUUGACUGCCCAUUUUUACUUAAUAGGGGCAAUAAUUUGAGCUGAAGUGGAGAAAAGUAGCUGAAAAAAACACAUGUGAAGUUCAAUUUUUUCUUAGCUAAAAAUAUGGCAGAGAUGGAAAACUCAUCAUCUAUGACUGUAGCUGGCAGUUCAUUAGAAGAAACAAUUACCCAACAAAAUUUUCCAGUAAAGAAGAAAAGGAACCUUCCAGGUAACCCAGAUCCAGAAGCAGAAGUAAUAGCACUAUCACCAAAAACACUAAUGGCAACAAACAGAUUUGUGUGUGAGAUUUGUAACAAAGGGUUUCAACGUGACCAAAAUUUACAGUUACAUAGAAGAGGACAUAAUUUACCUUGGAAACUCCGGCAACGUACGAGUAAAGAAGUGAAAAAACGUGUGUAUGUUUGUCCCGAAGCCAUGUGUGUUCAUCAUGAUCCAUCUAGAGCUUUAGGUGAUCUUACAGGAAUUAAGAAACAUUUCUGUAGAAAACAUGGUGAGAAGAAGUUUAAGUGUGAACGUUGUACUAAAAAAUAUGCUGUUCAGUCUGAUUGGAAAGCUCAUAUGAAGACUUGUGGUACUAGAGAAUAUCGUUGUGAUUGUGGAACAUUGUUUUCUAGGAGGGAUAGCUUUAUAACGCAUAGGGCAUUUUGUGAUGCAUUGGCUCAAGAAAGUGCAAGAGCUCAACCAAUGAGAAGUACAAAUACUGAGGAAAAUUUGAAAGUUGAUGAAGCUGUUACUUCUUCGUCUAGUCCACCACCACAACCUUUAACUCCAUCAACUGGAGUUCUUUCACCAGUUCUGUCCAUUCAAAGUUCAGAAUUGCCAGCAGACAAUCAAAAUCAAGCUGGUGUACAGUUACAAGCAGCACAAGGUACAAUUACGCCUGUUUCUACAACUACUGUCACAGCCACAACAAUUUCCACUACUGCUAGUACUACUGGUCCUAGUAGUAGCAAAGUGUUUGCUAGUGUAUUUCCAUCGUCGUCGACUUCAGUUGGGCACCCCCACUCAUCUUACUCGGAUAUUCUUUGUGCUAUUGGGCCAGAACAAAUGAGCGCCAUAGAGCCAAUGUCGCUCUCGUUGUCGUCUUCAUUUUAUCUCUCGGCCAAUAACGGGUCAACUUUAUUCCAAGAUCACACCGGCCACGGCCAGCAUUAUGGUCCAACAACGCAACCGGCAUUAUCCGCAACUGCAUUGCUUCAAAAGGCUGCCCAAAUGGGCGCUACAUCGUCUAACAACUCGUUUCUUCGUGGUCUUGGAUUGGCAAUGUCGAGUACCUCUACAUCGGACAAUAUUUCCCAUGUGAAGCUAGAGAACAAUGUAGAGGUACCCGGGCUCGGGAUACAACUCCCGUCUAAUGGUCCUUCGGGACAAUGGACGGAUUUGAUGAUGGGUCCAUCUCAUGAUUCUAUGAUGUUUGGGAACAAGCCUCCAACUCUUGAUUUUCUUGGUUUAGGAAAUGAUGCAAAUGUAACUUCAUCAAAUGGAUUUUCAGCGCUUUUGAGCUCAAUGGAAGGCGGAUUUGGUGUUGCAACGUCGUAUGGUGGAGUGGCAACUAGAGGGGAGCCUUGGGAUGAUCAUUCUGAUAGAAAGCCUUCUAUGCUUUAGGUGGAAUUUAGUUGGAACAUUACUGCAAAAAUGAAAUGAAGUUCUAUACAUUAAUUUAUCUUGAUUUUUGUGGGAGAGUUUUUGUUUGAUACAUAUAGAUAUCCAAUAGACGUAGCUAAGUUAUGUUCAUACCCGUACUUCAUUUCUAAGCUUAGUUUAUUUUGGUUUUAUAUUCAGGACAUGCAGUUAGGACAACAUGGUAGUGAACUAGCCACCUAGGUUUCUGCUCGUUUGUAUGCAAAAGAAUGACCAAGUCCCAUAUGCUUGGUAAAUUAAAGUUCUCUUUUUAACCUG